AUGGGUAUGCCUGACAUCCUGUCAGAACAUAUAUGCUUGGUCUGCUGUAAGAAUGCUGCAAGGAUAAUCGCAACUUUGAUAGUUUCGGGCUCUGGCAUCUUGAUCAGAGCAUUUGCUCAAGCAUACCGUCAAGCACUUGUUAAUGCAUCAAAGAAUGGUGUGGCCGAAGAGACACUGAAAAAUGUGGCUCGUAAGGGAAGCAAAGUUAUGACAGCGCAAGAAGCUAGACAAAUUCUUGGUGUCAGUGAGCAUUCGACUUGGGAGGAAAUUGCGCAGAAAUAUGACAAACUGUUUGAGAGUAAUGCUAAGAAUGGGAGCUUUUAUCUGCAAUCCAAAGUUCAUAGGGCCAAGGAAUGUUUGGAGGAUCUCCACAAAGUAAAAAAUGAGGGCGCUCCAAAUCAAACUGGAUACGUGUCGUUGGCCAAUUGGAUGAGCUGCUUUAUGCUCUUUGCGGCUUCUCUUUCCGUUUCCCGUAUUUCUGGGUUGCCGGUGAUUGCCCAAAUAUUUGCUCAGCCAGUGAGGGAGAGGAAAUCGAUGCUUUGCGCUUUCAAUCGAAGACAUAACAAAGCUUUCAUUGUGUUCUUAUUCAACUCGAAAGUGGUUGCUUCUUCAAAUGGAGUAGUGAGUGACGUUUUGAAAACUCACUUGUUGAAGUAUGGAAAGCAAUGGGACUUGAAAACAGCUUACAAGAUCAUAGGAAAGACACCUCUGGAGGCUGCAGCCGCUGUUAUAGAAGAUUAUGAGCUUCCUCUAUCUCCAGAUGAGUUUCUCUCGGAAACUAACCCAAUAUUUUCUACGCAGUGGUGCAAUAUUAAACCUCAACCUGGUGCAAAUAGGUUGAUUAGUCACUUAAGGGGGCAUGGUGUGCCAAUGGCAUUAGCUUCUAAUUCUCCGAGGGAAAAUGUAGAACUUAAAAUUUCCUAUCACCCAGGAUGGAAGGAAGCCUUUUCUGUGAUUGUUUGUGGUGAUGAAGUUAAAAAUGGAAAGCCAUCUCCUGAAAUAUUUCUUGAAGCAGCUAAAAGACUAAAUAUUGACCCGUCCAGCUGCCUUGUUAUUGAAGAUUCGAUACCCGGGGUUACAGCCGGUAAGGCGGCUGGAAUGGAGGUUGUUGCCGUACCAUCAGUACCUAAACAAUCCGAUAAUUUUGCCAUGGCAGAUGAGGUGAUCAAUUCUCUUCUAGAUCUUCAACCAGAAAAGUGGGGCCUUCCUCCUUUUCAAGAUUGGAUUGAAGGCACUUUACCAAUAGAACCAUGGCAUAUAGGAGGCCCUGUCGUGAAAGGAUUCGGACGUGGGUCAAAGGUGUUAGGGAUUCCUACAGCAAAUCUAUCUAUUGAGGGCUACUCAGAUCUUCUAUCGGAGUACCCUUCUGGUGUGUAUUUUGGGUGGGCUGGAUUAUCGGGGCGAGGAGUUUUCAAGAUGGUCAUGAGCAUAGGAUGGAAUCCAUACUUCAACAAUACCGAGAAAACCAUAGAACCAUGGCUGCUCCAUGAGUUUAAAGAGGAUUUUUAUGGUGAAGAACUGCAUCUCGUAAUUGUUGGCUACAUUCGACCGGAGACCAAUUUUCCAUCUCUUGAAAGUCUGAUAGCGAAAAUUUACGAGGACAGAGGGAUUGCGGAGAGAGCUCUUGAUCUUCCCCAGUACUCAGAAUACAAGAGUGAUCCGUACUUGCUGGGCCUCAACUCUCAGGAGAGUAAAGAUUCUCUCAAAAAUCGAAUUUGA